CGCUCCGUGCGCUGGGAUGCCCGCGGCGAGGGGCUGUUCAUCGACCAGGCGCUCUUCGAACGGGAGCUGCUGGGCGGGGGGCCCGGCGCUGCCGGGGAGGCGGAGGUCUUCAAAACCAAGAACUUCGGCAGCAUCAUCCGCCAGCUUAACCUGUACGGGUUCCACAAGCUGACGAUGGGGCCGCCUGUUCCCGCGCUGGGGCAGAGGCUGGGGCCGGCCGCGGCGGGGGACAGUCCCGACAGCCCCGAUGGGCCCCGGCACCACUUCUGGAACCCCCACUUUCGCCACAACCGCCCCGACCUCCUGGUGAGGAUCAAGAGACUCACGAAGGCAAAUAAGGAGAAGCUGGACGCUGGCAUGAAAGUGCCCAGCCGCCUGCUCGACGACUUGCAGCACAUUGUUGGGAAGGGACUUGUUCCUGUCGCCCUCGACCCUCGUCGAGUCCAACGGGAGCGUGUGCCCAUAGACUACAGCACCAGCAGGGACCUAAAACUAAUAUACAUGCCAAAUUGUCGCUAGAUAAAAGGUGCAACAUGCAUCCUUCGCUGUGGGAAACUGUAUACAACAUAGAGAAGAAUGGAAAGGAGAAAGGAAGACUUUGAGAUCUACUUUAGAAAGACACUAGUUUUCAACGAACUCAAAACAAAUUCAGGAAAAAA